AAUUCAGUCGCUCUGAUGAAACACUACAGGCAGCAUGUGUGACCGGCCCAAGAUCCACGUCUUCCUGGGGGCUCCUCCUCCCUCCUCUGGCCCAGCCUCGGUGUCUGAAGCUGGUGUGGAGAGUGAGGAUCGCCCCCCUGCUGGGUGGAGACAUCUGGAGCUCACCUGGACAGAUGGACAUCUGAGGGCUGCAACAGGCCAGUGUGACUCAUCGUCUGAAGCUGAGUGGACCACAGAGGCGUCGCGAGGACAGGAAGAACGAGCAGGAUCAAGCUGCAGAUUCAGCCCCGAGAAGGAAAAUCCCUGCUCGGAGGAUCGCAAACCUGUGGACAGAUUUAUGAGCCGAGAUGAAGAAUCCGAUCCUGAAGAUCAGUGUUCGGCUUCAGUUCAUGAGUAUCUGGACAGCAGUUUCCCUGCAGCUCAACCACAGCGAGAAGAACCUGAACCAGAACCUCCACACUGUUCUAAACAUCAGCCGUCACCUGCCGCCCCUCUUCUGUGCUCCAAGACUCAGUACCUCACCACCUGGACUCUGAGUCAGGCCUUAGUCCUGAGAGGCAGGCACGGCACCCAAUCAGUGAGCAGCCCUGAGAAAAGCCCACUUCCUACAACCCCACCCAAACACACCCAAACACCACCCUCCAUCUCCUCCAGCACCCCCGAGCUCUUCAGCCCUGUGACCCCGUCACUUGGAGCCUCCGCUGAGCUCUUCAGCCAACCCCGCUCGACCCCGAGGUCGGAGGAAGGGGGCGUCAUCCUUGAGGCCACCACAGACGGGCUGCUUUGCUCUCAGGAGCCUGAGUCCACAACCGCCCUCAACUCCCCCGCCAAAUCCCCCAGUGUCAAGAGAGCUCGAAUCUCUGAAGGCUCCAGGACCGAGGUGCCAUCAGACAGAACCGCAGCCGGGCUCCAAGGUCCCACCACACCACUGGUCCAGUGUUACAGGCCGGGGGUCAGGUACUCAGUUCUGGUGGCGGUGGUUCAUCCCUGCCACCUGAAGGAGAUCAAGGUGAAGUCUGGGCCGUCGGCAGGGACUUUGAUUCCUCUGGCGUCCAUCGUGGUGACGGACCAGUCAGGCUUUGAGAGGAAGGUGGUGCUGUGGCGGCGGGCGGCGUUCUGGGUGUUGACCGUGAGUCCUGGAGACAUUCUGCUCAUCACAGGGCUGCAGGUGAAUGAAGACAGGUGGAGAGGAGAGACGGUGCUGCAGUCGACCUUCAGCAGCAAACUGCUCAGCUUCGGACAGAUCGCUGCCUCCACCUCAGCUCCAGUUCCUCAGCAUGUUGAUGCUCGCUCUGUCAGCUCUCUGUGUUCAUUUCUACGGGAGCGGCGCCCUCUGCUGGUGUCUCUGCCCCAUCGCCCCCCUCAGGACCUGAACCGCCUCCCCUAUGCCACCCUGAGGUCACUGAGGGUCAACACGCUGGUUCACGCCCUGCUGCGUGUUACACACACACAUAUCAGUACAGAGUGGCAGAGUGAGGCGGAGUCUCGCUGCAGGUCAGCUGUUCAGUUGAUGGCUGUUCUGACUGUGGAGCAGCCGGACGACCAGCAGGGGGCGCUGCUGCUGUGGGGAGCUGCUGUGGACUGGCUGCCUCGCUUCAACAGAGACAGAGCGGCCGUCUGGGACUUCCACGUCCUCCUGGUGAGGGAGGGUUUGACCUCUGACCUCCCUGAGCUGCACUCCACCCCCUGGAGUUCCGUCCAUCCCCUGGACCCCACCAACAUCCGGGCGCAGGACUUCCUGCGACCACGACGCAACCAGAAAGGAAGCAGCAGCAGCAUCAGUCUGGAGCUGGACCUCGACACGCUGCUGUCCCAGAAAUACAGCGGUGAAGUGGAGCUCAGAGUCCAGGUCAUCACUUUCCACUUCCGAGACACGCCAUCCUCCCAGAAUGCACCUCAGCCGGUCCUGGACAGCUCCACGCCGCUGCAUGGCAUCCUAGAGGCGCUGAGUGCUGACGUCACCUACACCGGCUGUGGUCGCUGCUCCACCGAGCUCGAUACUGACACCAACGGCAUCUACGGCCCCUGUUACCCCUGCCUGCCCCACACCGCCGUACGCCGCUACUACAGGCCAGGUGUGCUGACUGUGAGUGGGCGGGGCACUAGUCAGGUGUGCCUUCGGGUUCCUCCUGUUCCUCUGCAGAAGAUCCUCAAUGCUCCACCUGAUAAACUCCACAGGAGCUCAGCUCCAGGCUCACAGGUGAAGCACAUCCAGGUGGCAGCAGAGAGGAUCCAGACCCUCCUCUCGCUCCCGAGGAAAACCUUCAUCAUCACCAUCCAGAGCCAUUUCCUGUGUGAUGAGAACAGCAUCCCCCUGAACCAGGACUUUACGCUGCUGGACCUUCAGUUCCCCUGCUGAUGGACGACAGCUUCUUCUUUGUUGGUUUGCUGUUGCAGCUGUUAUUCAUGGUUUAGUUCACCCACCAAGAAGAGCUGGUUCAGAAAGCUGCCUGUGAAUUACUGAGGACACAUUAUCGAUACAGUGCUGGAUCAAUAUCAAACCACACACAUGCACGUUGGGAGAAACUCUUUAUCCAUCUCCAGUUAAAAAUACAACAGAUUGAUUGUUGAUGUAAUU